AUGGAAGCUAUCAAAGCGACGUUUGCGAAAUGCAAGCAAGAGAAACGCGCUGCUCUAGUCACCUAUGUCACAGCUGGAUAUCCGACUGUUGAGGAGACGGUUGAUAUUCUAUUGGGAUUGGAGAAUGGAGGAGCUGAUAUAAUUGAGCUCGGUCUCCCAUUCACAGAUCCAAUUGCCGACGGUCCAACAAUUCAAAAAGCCAACACCCAAGCCCUGCUCAAUGGCGUCACAAUCCCCAUGGUUCUGGAUAUCGUCCGUACCGCACGAAAGCGGGGUCUCGAGGCCCCCGUUUUGUUUAUGGGAUACUUCAACCCGUUGUUGCAAUAUGGUGAAGAGAAAAUGCUAAAAGACACAAAGGAGGCAGGUGCCAAUGGUUUCAUUAUGGUGGAUUUGCCCCCUGAGGAGGCUGUGCGAUUCCGGAAUUUGUGUACUUCGACUGGAUUGUCAUAUGUCCCCCUCAUUUCGCCCGCUACAUCCGACUCUCGUAUGAAGCUUCUUUGCAAGAUUGCCGAUUCAUUUAUCUAUGUUGUUUCGCGAAUGGGUGUCACUGGCGCCACGGGUACACUCAGCACUGGGCUUCCGGAUCUUUUGAAACGAGUCCAUCAAUACUCCGGAAACAUCCCCGCCGCAUUGGGUUUCGGUGUCAGCACUCGCGAGCACUUCUUGGCUGUUCAGGAUAAUGCGGAAGGUGUCGUUAUUGGAAGUCAAAUCAUCACAGUCCUCGGUCAGGCUGCCCAAGGUCAAAGGGCGCAAAAAGUGGAGGAGUAUAUUACCAGUGUCACUGGUCGCAAGUUGGAGCGCGAUGCUCAGGGUAAGAUUGUCAACGCCAAGGCAGUCCUUGAAGUCGUCGAGAAGCAGCCUAGACAGCAGGAAGAGGAUUUCUCUCAGCCUACCGCCGUCAUUACCGAGGGUGAACCUGGCGCUGGAGCACAGCCUAGUCUUGUUGACCAGCUUGAGAGUCUGAACGGAGGUGAUCCAGCUGCUUUGCCUGACCGUUUUGGAGAAUUCGGUGGACAGUAUGUUCCAGAAUCUCUUAUGGACUGCUUAGCAGAACUGUUGAAAGGAUUCAACGAGGCUAGGAAUGAUCCCAAGUUCUGGGAGGAAUUCCGUUCUUAUUACCCCUAUAUGGGUCGUCCCAGCAAAUUGCAUCUCGCCGAGCGCUUGACGGAGCACGUCGGUGGUGCGAACAUCUACCUUAAGAGAGAAGACUUGAACCAUACUGGAAGUCACAAAAUCAACAAUGCCCUUGGUCAGGUUCUCAUUGCCCGAAGACUAGGAAAGAAGCGCAUCAUCGCUGAGACUGGUGCCGGUCAGCACGGUGUCGCAACUGCAACUGUCUGCGCCAAGUUCGGUAUGGAAUGUGUUAUCUACAUGGGUGCCGAGGAUGUGCGUCGUCAGGCAUUGAACGUCUUCCGUAUCAGACUUUUGGGCGCAUCAGUUGUCGCUGUUGAUGCCGGUACCAGGACUCUUCGUGACGCCGUCAACGAAGCAAUGCGUGCUUGGGUCGUUGAUCUCGACACUACUCACUACAUUAUCGGAUCUGCCAUCGGCCCUCAUCCUUUCCCCACUAUUGUUCGUACCUUCCAAUCUGUCAUUGGUGACGAGACCAAGGAACAGAUGAUGGAGCUCACUGGAAGAUUACCCGACGCGGUUGUCGCUUGUGUUGGUGGAGGAAGUAACGCAGUUGGCAUGUUCUACCCCUUCUCCAAUGACCCCAGCGUCAAGCUGCUUGGUGUCGAGGCCGGUGGUGACGGAGUCGACACAGGUCGUCACGCCGCUACCUUGAGCGGCGGAUCUAUGGGUGUCCUGCACGGCGUGCGCACAUACGUCCUCCAAGACAAACACGGCCAAAUCCAAGACACCCACUCCGUCUCCGCAGGUCUAGAUUACCCUGCUGUGGGCCCUGAACUCAGUAACUGGAAGGAAAGCUCCCGCGCGCAAUUCGUUGCUGCCACCGAUGCCGAGGCCUUCCAGGGAUUCAGGAUGCUUACCCAGCUCGAGGGUAUUAUCCCUGCAUUGGAGUCGUCGCAUGCCGUCUUUGGAGCCAUGGAACUUGCAAAGACAAUGAAGAAGGGUGAGAACAUCGUGUUGAAUCUGAGUGGUAGAGGCGACAAGGAUGUGCAAAGUGUUGCUGAGGAACUUCCUCGUCUUGGUCCUCAGAUUGGAUGGGAUUUGAGGUUUUGA